AUGGCGACGGGAACAGACCCGGCAAAACGACUACGAUUCGACCUCUUCACUAAGCAUGUCGACAACACACAUAGUGAAGCCUGCUACCAAAUGGCAUUCAACACAUUCGAUUCUUUCCCUACCUCCCUACCAAACCAACGAAAAGGAUGGAACGAAGGAUGGAUUUUUGAUGGCAAGAGCAUGGGAGACACAGGGCAAAUCUACAGUGAUGCUCCCAGGCCAGGCUGCCAACAGGUGUUGGAGGAUAACACAUGCAUGCGUUGGAUUUUCUUCAAUUCUACCGAAGGAAUAUGGCAAGAAGACUGGACAAGGAGAAGAACUCGGAGAAUCUUGCUGGCACGCAGGCAAGAUAUGGCCAAUAUCUCCAGGAUCUCUGAAGGACAAUGUGGGUAUGGCACGCAUAGCACAGUCAAGACCAGCAUGCGGCCCGGCAAAACCUCGGACAUGAUGUUUUUGAACGAAUUGAAACCAUCCGAUGUUUUCGACUACUACCACUACACUUCGGCAAAAUCCUCUCUGGUCGAGGCCUACACGGACUAUGGAUGUUUGGAGAUACAAGGCAAGCAAUGGGCGUGCAUCUCCGGUCUACCAGCCAUGGGGGCCAUGGCUAUUGAGAGGGGGGGGUAG